CACAGCAUUGCUGUUCCUUGAGCUGCCAGCCCAGUUUGAUCUCACUUACUUUAGCCAAAAGAAGUAAAGGGGGGGGUGUUGCCUUGGAAUUUGGGGUGUCCUUGCUCCAGAGCCUCGGAACCCAAGGCAUCAUUGCCAAGCCCUCCUUGGUUAAUUACAGUCAGUGUCCACAGAUCUGCAUAUCCUAUUACACUCAAAGUUGAGCUGAGAGGUCUGGGCGAGGAUGCAAAGUAGAAAAAAACAGGGGGGGAAGCUUUGAGUCAUCCUAGCAGAGGAGAGAGUCCUGUGCAAGAUGUAGAUCUGCUGGGAUCUGGCUAACAAAACAAAACAGAAAGAAAGGGAGCCCCCUUAUACAUGAGCAAUCAGCAGCCCAGGAAGGAGGACUUAAAGCCAGCAAAGGAGUGAGUUAAAAGGCAAAGAGGGGAAAAAAAGAAAAAAAAAGAAAGAAAGAGACAGAAUCGGGUUGCUCUAGGAAGAUCUGGCGCAAUCUUUGGCGCCCUGCUUUUUUAAAUGGGAUCUAUCAAUGCCCACUGUGUGCCUGUGUUUGCUCCGUUGUCAGAGUCGACGUGCUCCUCCUGAAUCAUUCUGUCCAUGAGAACUGGCGUCUGAUCCACUCUUAUCAAUGAAGCAGGACAUGAUGGCGGAUGGCCCCAGGUGUAAGAGGCGAAAACAAGCCAAUCCAAGGAGGAAAAACGGAGGACUUACAUUAGACAUUGACACAGAUGUGCAGGACCUACCCCUUCUCCCAGAACGACUGCCACAUAUAUGUAAGAGGACAGAUUCACAGAAUAUUUUAAGCUACGACAAUGUAGUAGACACGGGUUCGGAGACGGAUGAAGAUGAUAAGCUCCACAUCGCUGAAGAUGACAGUAUUAUCAACACAUUGGACCAGGAAACAAGUCCGGCUAGUAUGCUCAAUCAUGAGUCUUCACCGCACGCCAACCAAGCAUUACUGGCAAGAGAAGAAGAAGAAGAUGACCUGAGGGAUAGCGGGAUAGACCACAACUGGCACAACGAUGAUCUUCUGAAAGCUUCCAUAGAUGGUUCUGAUGAAAUGAAAGGGGACUAUGAUUGUAUGGGACCUGAAGCCACUCACAUAACCACUAUCAAUAACGGUACAGUAAAGAACACAAAUUGCACUUCGGAAUAUGAAGACUAUUUCACCCAUAGAAAGAUGGAUAACAGCGACGGGCAUGGCGUUAGCAUAGCAGAGUACUUACACCGCAGCGACACGGCCAUCAUUUACCCAGAAGCCCCAGAGGAGCUGUGCCGCCUUGGAACACCAGAAGCCAACGGACAGGAGGAGAAUGACCUGCCACCUGGAACGCCAGAUGCUUUUGCCCAGCUGCUAACCUGUCCCUAUUGCGACCGAGGCUACAAGCGGUUGACGUCACUCAAGGAGCACAUCAAGUACCGCCACGAGAAGAACGAAGAGAACUUCUCCUGCCCUCUUUGCAGUUAUACCUUCGCCUAUCGCACGCAACUCGAGCGGCAUAUGUUGACGCACAAGCCAGGGAGAGAUCAGCAUCAAAUGUUGACCCAGGGAGCUAGCAAUCGCAAGUUUAAAUGCACAGAGUGUGGCAAAGCCUUCAAAUACAAGCACCAUUUAAAAGAACACCUCCGGAUACACAGUGGAGAGAAGCCAUACGAAUGCCCAAAUUGCAAGAAACGCUUCUCCCAUUCGGGUUCCUACAGUUCACACAUUAGCAGCAAGAAAUGCAUUGGCCUGAUCUCUGUGAACGGGAGAAUGAGAAACAACAUGAAGGCAGGUUCAUCUCCAAACUCUGUGUCAUCAUCUCCCACCAAUUCUGCCAUAACUCAGCUCCGGCACAAACUGGAGAAUGGGAAACCACUUGGCUUGACGGAAACUUCGGGCCUACUUAAGAUCAAAACAGAAUCACUAGAUUACAAUGACUAUAAACUUCUUCUGGCAGCCUCACACGGGUUUAAUGGUCCUAAUCCAUUCAUGAAUGGUGGUCUUGGAGCUACCAGUCCCUUGGGAAUUCACUCCUCAGCUCAGAGCCCAAUGCAGCACUUAAGUGUAGGGAUGGAGGCAUCAUUACUUGGGUACUCAAACUUAAGCAGCAAUUUGAGUGAGGUUCAGAAGGUCCUGGAAAUUGUGGACAACACGGUUUCAAGGCAGAAGAUGGAAUACAAGUCUGAUGAGAUAGCAAAGUUGAAGGGGUACCACAUGAAGGAAACUGGACCUCAAAGAGAGGAACAAGGUGUGACGUCUCCUGGUGGCCAGCAAGUGGGUCUUCCAGUUGUAAGUCAUAAUGGUGCCACUAAAAGUAUUAUUGACUAUACGUUAGAGAAGGUAAAUGAAGCCAAAGCCUGUUUACAGAGCUUGACUACGGAUUCAAGAAGACAGUUUAGCAAUAUUAAGAAAGAGAAGUUACGUACCUUGAUAGAUCUUGUAAGUGAAGAGAAGAUGCUAGAGAGCCAUAAUAUAGCCACUCCAUUUUCUUGCCAGUUUUGUAAAGAAAGUUUUAACGGUCCC